CAGAGAAAAACACGGGCUCCCUUCGCGCUGAAGGAGGCUUGGCCCUUGCGACGCUCCGUCGUCGGGCUCGUUGCCGGCGCAACCAGGGAGGAAACCGCCGGCGUUGCUGUAGCGCGUCUGGGAAUUACACCGGGGUACUGGCCGGCCCGCUUCGUGCCUGCGGGAAGUCGGGCCGGGGGACUCUUCGGAAACUCCGAGCCUCAGAGAAAUAUGGCGCUCCCGACGCUGCCGUUCUACUGGUGCAGCCAGCAGCGCCUGAAUCAGCAGCUAGCACGACAGCGAGAGCAGGAGGCCCGGCUUCGGCAGCAGUGGGAGCAGAACAGCCGUUACUUCAGGAUGUCUGACAUCUGCAGCUCCAAACAGGCAGAGUGGAGCUCUAAAACCUCCUACCAGCGGAGCAUGCACGCCUAUCAGCGUGAGAAGAUGAAGGAGGAGAAGAGGAGGAGUCUGGAGGCCCGACGGGAAAAGCUCAGGCAGCUCAUGCGGGAGGAGCAGGACCUGCUGGCCAGAGAACUGGAGGAGCUGAGGCUGAGCAUGAACUUGCAGGAAAGAAGAAUCCGGGAGCAGCACAGGAAGCUGAAAUCAGCCAGAGAAGAGCAGAGGAAACUGAUUGCUGAACAACUUUUGUAUGAACACUGGAAAAAGAACAACCCGAAACUUCGAGAGAUGGAGCUGGACCUUCACCAGAAGCAUGUCAUAAACUCUUGGGAAACACAGAAAGAAGAAAAAAAACAGCAAGAAGCCACUGCAGAGGAAGAGAACAAACGGUAUGAAAACGAAUAUGAAAGGGCCCAAAGGGAGGCGCUAGAACGGAUGAAAGCCGAAGAGGAGAGGAGGCAGCUGGAGGACAAGCUCCAGGCCGAGGCACUGCUGCAGCAGAUGGAGGAGCUGAAGCUGAAGGAGGUGGAGGCGACCAAACUAAAGAAGGAGCAGGAGAAUCUGUUGAAGCAGCGGUGGGAGCUGGAGAGGCUGGAGGAAGAGCGAAAGCAGAUGGAAGCCUUCCGGCAGAAGGCAGAGCUGGGGCGCUUCUUGAGACAUCAGUAUAACGCUCAACUCAACAGACGCACACAGCAGAUCCAAGAGGAGCUGGAGGCAGACAGGCGGAUCCUGCAGGCCCUCCUCGAGAAGGAGGACGAGAGCCAGCGCCUCCACCUGGCCAGGCGGGAGCAGGUCAUGGCCGAUGCGGCCUGGAUGAAGCAGGCCAUUGAGGAGCAGCUGCAGCUGGAGCGGGCACGGGAGGCAGAGCUGCAGAUGCUGCUGAGGGAGGAGGCCAAGGAGAUGUGGGAAAAGAGAGAGGCAGAGUGGGCCCGAGAGCGCAGCGCACGGGACAGACUGAUGAGCGAGGUUCUGACAGGGAGACAACAGCAAAUACAAGAGAAGAUUGAGCAGAACCGACGGGCACAAGAGGAAUCCCUGAAACACAGGGAGCAACUUAUUCGAAAUCUUGAGGAGGCGAGAGAGUCGGCUCGUCGUGAGAAAGAGGAGAAUGAAGAGCUGAAAUCGGCCAGGAAGCAGGAGCUGGAAGCCCAGGUUGCGGAGCGCCGGCUGCAGGCAUGGGAAGCAGACCAGCAGGAGAAGGAGGAAGAGGAGGAGGCCCGGCGGGUGGAGCAGCUCUCAGAUGCCCUGCUGCAGCAGGAAGCGGAGACUAUGGCCGAGCAGGGCUACCGGCCUAAGGUAGGAAGUCUGCCAGGAGACAGGCCAACACCGGCAAGACAGACUCUGCCCGGCCUCUGCUCCCCUGGGCCUGCUCAUCGCCCCGCGCCGGGCUCUGCUCUCCGGCCAUCCGGGUUAUUCCUUGUUCCUCUUCUCUUGUAUUCCUCUCUUCCCUGACCAGCAGGGAGCCCUGACACAGGGGCUGUUCCAGUCCUUGGUUGGGCCUCAAACCUUGAAGUGAUUUUGCUCUGGCCUUGCCUACUAAGCUGCAUGCCUGUCCACCCUCUUUGGGCAAUCUAAGAAGAGCUGUGGCCACAGCUGCUGAGAGGGGUCAGAGCAGUAAUCUAGGCCUCAACUGUUGAGACAGCGAAGCCCAGUGAACAAGAGACCGGUCCUCCUCCUCACCUCCCCUCCCUCCCUCCUGUGGGUAUCCUCCUCCUCCCCUCCCUCCUGUGUGUGUAUCUGUUUCUCUGCCUCUCAGUGUCUUUGUUCCCAGACCUGUCUGCACAGCACCAUGGGGAGCACAGAGAAGCAAAUGCUGCCUUCCCUGCCCUGAGGAAGCUGAUGACUGAAGCACCUCCACUGCUGGCUUGUCCCCUCUGCCCUCCUUUACCCAGGGCCACCCUGGCCACCCGGUGCCUAGAGUGCAUUCCCCAGGACACAUGCUGCAGAAUGAGGGCUGGCUCCCUCAUGGUCAGAUGACACUGGGAAACUGAGUGAAACAUAAUUAGAGCAGGUGCUGCGUUUGCCAUAGGCCACUCGCCCUCAAACACUGACUCUCACAGUUGCAGGGAACAGCAUUUCCUAAACCCACUUGGCCGUGGAUCAGUGAGAGUGUUGGGGUCAGGGUUUCACAGAUCAUAUGUGAAAGUGUUUCUUAGGGCUAGUACUCAAAACCAGAAAGAUAUCAAGUGCCUCAUUUAUGGCUUAGGGUCAGACUUUUUCAGCUGGAAAUGAAACAGCCAUUUAUAUUGUUCUUUUAGCUUGUAGUUAAAACAAGGCAAAUUCCUCAUGCUCCAGAUACUGCUGAUCUGAUCUCUCUUAUGUUUUCUUUCUUUUCUCAGCCUUACGGACAUCCAAAAAUUGCUUGGAACUGACUUCAUGGGUACCAUAAGUACAGAGAACAAGGGAUGCUGAGGCUUCUGAUCCCAGCCGCCAGGCAGUUUUACAGGGCUCUGUUACAGUCAGUGCCCGGGGCACUGUCAGAUGGCUCAGCAGUGCCUGCUCAGGUUCAUCAUUGAAAGCAUCCAGUGUUUGUCCAGACAUUAAGGUGUUGUGGUCUGCAGCACCUGGUGAGAGGCCCUUUCAUGCCUUUCUUACCCAAGCAAGGGUCUUUGAUGGGCACAUGUUUACAGCGCUGCCGCAUAGUCUUGUAAUAUAUUAACAGUCACAUCAACUCAAGGUCAAUACUAAGAGCCACAGGUUGUACCUGUGAUGGGGCACGUGGUUUCCUGUUGUCUCACCUUUAAUUGUCAACCUCCAGUGUUGAGUCUAAAAAUAUGAGGAAAGCUUUUCAGUUUUUAAAAUUGCCAUUUAAAUUUAGUCUAUUAAAAACAAACCUAGAGGUCUUGGUGCAGUUGAUUUCAGAAUUUAUUAAUUUAAUGGUCCCAAAAGGAUUACAUCUUUUAUAUUCUGGAAGAAAAGAACUGUGAACAAAUUAGAACCCCGGAACACUCUGACGUCCGUGGAUGCAUUCCAGAAAAGUGGCAAGAGAUGAGUCUUUCCUCCUUCAGGAAGCAUUUUGGUAGAAUUUCCAUAGAGCAUUGUCUGUGAGUGACUGAUCCAACAUGUAUGUUACCAAGCCCCAAAAGGAACCUCAAACUGGGUGUGGUGGCACGUGCCUGUAGUCCCAGCUACCCAGGAGGCUGCAGCGAGAGGAUUGCUUGAGCCCAGGAGUUCGAGUCCAACCUGGGCAAAAGAGUGAGACGCCAUCUCUAAAACAAACCAAAAAGGUACCUUAGAAGGUCACCUGGUUGGCAAACCUUUUAAAGGCAGGGGCGUGACACGUAGGACACAUUGGGAAUGUCUUGGCUACACGUAGCCUUCUGGGAUAUAUGUGCCCAGAGGGAGAAGCACUGAGCCUGAAGAAACUAAAUGAGUCUCAGAACCACAGACCAGCCAGAAAUCUCUCCCACCAUUAUAUCAGCGUGAUACAGGUCUACAUUCAUUUCUACAAACAGGAACAAGUUCCUUGCAGCAAUAUUAUUUUAUGACUUGUAUUUCUACUAUACUCUUCCUCUGAGGUUUAGUUUUCAUCACAUUAUGUUCAAGAUUCCAUAUCUCCAUAAAUUACAGCUAAUUACAGGGCAUUGUUCCAUGGUUAUUAAAAACCAGAGUUUAUAAAAAUCCUGAGUCUAAGGGCUGCCUUACCUUUCACUUCCACCAUCCUGUAGAAACAGAUCAAGCUGCAAACCACGUCCUUCAUCUGUUGUUCAUUUUCUUGCAACUGUUUGACUCUGAUCCCCUGAGCAGCACGUUCAUCACGCAUGCUCUCUGUUGCGUUCCCCGUUUCAGAUGUCCAGUAAUGGUGAAAUAAAAUCCUGCUUCGACAGCA